GAGAGAUAAAUAAAUAGAUAAACGGAUAGAUAGAGCAUAUCGAUGAUAAUAUUAAAUUUAGCGAUGAAGUAUGAUUAUAAUCGGAAUGUUCACGUAAUGCCGCCUGUGAAAUCUUAUCUAUGAAGCUUUUAACAAGGUAGGCGUAGAAUUUGAUGUAGUAGUAUAUGCGUGACUGGCGUGUUAACGUUGUCUAAUCUUUUCUCAGUUAGAGAGUGAUAUAAUAGUUUUUUUAUGUUUUUUUUGUUGUUUGUUUUUUUUGUUUUUUUAUCUUCUUCUUCUUCUUCUUCUUGUAUAGUUUUUUAUAGUGGCAGUGUUGGUUAGUUUGUUGUUAAAGAAGAAAGGAAAUAUAUAAAAAAUACACGCCGCGAAUUUCAAGUUUAUCCAACCAACGAAAAAAGAAACAAUAAUAUAUUAGAGUGGAUUUUUCAAAGAAAAAAAAAAAAAAAAAAGAACAAACAAACAAACAAAUAAAAUGACAGUUAUGGGCGAAUUAAAACAAACUUAUAAUAAUAAUUUAUUACAAAGUAGUUACGUUAAGUUACGUCACGUUAAUAAAUUUCAAAAUAUAAAUCUAAACGAUUCAAUUAAUGUUGUCGAUGAUAAAACAUUGCAACGAUAUGAUAAUCAUUUAACAUCUGACAACAACAAUAUAUAUGUAAUAAAACAAAAACAAGAAGAAGAAGAAGAAGAAGAAGAAGAAAAAAAAGUAGAAGAUGAAGACAGAUUUAUAGUUAAAUAUCAAGGCCGUAAUUUUGAUAUUCGUGCAUUUUUAAAUCAUCAUCCAGGUGGUAAAAAGACGCUUAGUUAUUACAAAGACAAACAUUUGGAUCAAGUAUUGAAAGAUUAUCCACAUUCUAAAGCAGCCCUUUAUUUGUUCGAUGAAUACGCGUUGGAUAAUAAAAUGAAAUAUAGCGAACUUGAAAGUCUGAUCGAUUGGGAUGCACCACUUUUAAAUCAAGUUGGCAAUUUGAGUGACAAAUAUUGGGAAUGGGUUAAUCUACCUGUGAAUCGACCCAUACGAUUAUUUCGAUCCAAUGUAUUAGAAUUUUUAACGAUAACACCGUGGUACCUGAUACCGAUCGUAUGGAUUCCCGUAUGUUUAUUUUUUCUUUACAUGGGUAUUAAUUCAAUCUUAGAUCAUCAAUUUCCAAUUGUAUCUUUAUUAAAAGGCCUGGUAGCAUUUGGAGCAGGUGUAUUGUUAUGGACGUUUGAGGAAUAUUUGUUACAUCGUAAAUUAUUUCAUUACAGGCCACCACAAAAUUCCAAAACACUAAUCACCUUGCACUUUCUUCUACAUGGUUUGCAUCACAAGGCACCAUUUGAUGGUCAAAGAUUAGUAUUUCCACCCAUAGCUGGUAUCAUCAUUGCUAUUGGUAUAUGGAAUUUGUACGUAAUGAUAUUUCCUGACUUUAUAGCUUAUUUUAUUGCCGCUGGUACUACUGCAGGAUACUUGUGUUACGAUUUAACGCAUUAUUAUUUGCACUAUGGUGCGCCAAACAAUAAAACAUAUUUAUAUAAUUUAAAAAGGUAUCACAAUUAUCAUCAUUUUUCUCAUCACGAUAAAGGUUUCGGUAUCAGCAGUAGAAUUUGGGAUUACGCGUUUAAUACAACCAUACGUUUACAACAAUUGGUUAAACCAAUCGAAUGGUAAUUUGUAUCUUAUGGGUAAUAAAUGCAAUUAUAAAAGUUUAUACUUAAAGUGUACAGUACAACACUUUCGGCUUUAAUUAAUUAACUAAUGUUUAAUUUAACAUAUAAAGUAUUUAAGUACUUCAAGCCAUAUGACUUAAAUAGAUUAAAAAAAAAAAAAAAAAAAGAACAAGAAAA